UCGGAUAAUUUUAUCUAUGAUUGCUAGCAAUACAGUUUUCUCGACAACAUCUAUUGCCUGUCAAGAUGCCUCUUAAUUAUUUUUCAACACGGUUGUUGCUACUUUCCACAGGUUUUAAACUCCUAUUUUCAUAUUUUUUUGAUGACAAAUAUAAUAUUUUUAUAUUGCAGUACUUUUAUAAUGACAAGUUAUUGUGUGAAAUAUAGAGUGAGUUCUCACAUAUUAAAGUGUUAUGGUAAUAAAGAGAAUUUUUAAUACCGUGUAUCUAUUUUAUGGAUAAAUAUUUGCGUGUUAAACUUUAAAUAUUGUAAAUCAUUUAAAAUUAAACUAUUAUCUAAGGAGUUAAUAUUAAAUAGUAGCAUGUUUAGUAUCAGUGAACUUUGCUGUAUGUUCUGUUGUCCGCCUUGUCCCGGACCGAUUGCAGCUAAGCUUGCUUUCCAACCACCCGAGCCAACUUAUAAGUUGACUCCUGCUGAUGAUGCCAAUGUAAAGUAUAAUUUACAUCUAUUUGAACGUGCAGAGUGGCAGUACUCUGAACGUGAUAAGUCCAAAGUGGAGUCAUUUUUCACGCGAACCUCUCGUGGAAAUUUAAUUACAUGUAUAUAUGUACGUUGUAGCAGAAAUGCAAAAUAUACGCUACUUUUUUCUCAUGGGAAUGCCGUUGAUCUGGGUCAAAUGAGUAGCUUUUAUAUAUCUCUUGGAACGCAACUAAACUGUAAUAUAUUUGGCUACGAUUACUCUGGCUAUGGAAUGAGUGGUGGCAAACCAUCAGAAAAAAAUUUAUACGCUGAUAUUGAAGCCGCUUGGCAAGCACUCAGAAAUAGGUAUAACAAUCAAGUACCUAAAACUACCGCAGUAAGCGAACAAAAUGAUAUCGACGUCAGGUUUAAUAUCAGUCCUGAAACUAUUAUUUUAUACGGCCAAAGUAUUGGUACAGUCCCAACAGUUGAUUUGGCAACAAAGCAUGAAGUUGGAGCAGUAAUUCUUCAUUCUCCAUUGAUGUCUGGACUAAGAGUAGUUUUCCGUAACACAAAGAGAACGUGGUUUUUCGAUGCAUUUCCAAGUAUUGAUAAAGUUUCCAAAGUCAAAUCACCAGUUUUAGUAAUACAUGGAACUGACGAUGAGGUUAUAGAUUUUUCCCACGGGAUAGGUAUUUAUGAACGCUGUCCCAAAGCCGUUGAACCUUUGUGGGUUGAGAUACCGUUUUAUGUAUUUGUUUAAUUGGAACAUUUUUACUAUGGCAAAAAUCGCUAUAAUCGGCACACACUUCCAGUCUUCGUGAUUCUUUUUCAAAACUGACAAAUGAUGUGAAAGAUUCCUUCUGCAUCUGAAUUAAAUUAUUUGACGAUAAAAUGCUGCGACAGAUAUUGAUAAAUGUAAAAUAUGGGAAUUUUAGAACUAAGUUUAAACGGCUGAAAGUUCUAUAACUCCCAGGCAUCAGGAAAGCAGGGUGCUGGCCAUAAUGACGUGGAAUUGCAUUCGCAAUACUUUGAGCGGCUUAAAAGAUUUUUAUCUAUUGAGUUGGUGAAAUGACAAUUAAAGAAUCAGCAUGACGUGGGACACAAUAAUUCUGUACCAGUAGUAACAUCUAACGAUUUACCGCCGACGUCAUCGAAUAAAACAAACUUAGAAGAUCCUAACAUUUCGAAUUCUUCAGACUUAAGCUGCCAAGCAAACAAUUUAAAGGACGAAAUUGCAGCUUCCACGUCAAGUUCCAUAUCAACCAAACCCUCAAUUGAACAGUUUCUUUAGCAAAAAAAUAUAGGUUCUUAUCUUUCUCAAAUUAAAUGUUCGAACAUUUUCAUUGGAUUUCAUAGUUGUUUAUAAGUGAAAGCCGGGGACCUCAUUUAAAUUAAUCAAAUGCCGUCUUCCCCCUUGUAUGUAUUUUUUUAUGAAACACAAGGAAACCACUAAUGGUAAAAGAUUGGUAAGCAGUGAUUCUAACAACGUUUUAGGCACAGAAUUUUUCGCAUGUAAUUCACCAAAACAACUGUAUCUAGUGCAAAUUGAUACUAAAAAUUCAUAGUAAACUUAAAGCGUUUUCAUCUAGUAAGAACUUAAGGGCAGUAUAUCGCCUGAUCUCUAACCUUUAAAAUAAAAAUAAUACAAUAAAACUAAAGGCAUCAACACUGCCCAGCCAGUUCGAAAGGCAAGUCAUAUUGAAUCCUUAAAUUGCGAAGUAAUGUAAUUUGUAUUUUAUUUUAUAUACUAAAUCAUCAAAUUUAUUACGUGAAGAAUCUUACAGAAAGUUAGAGAAGUACUUAAGGAUAAGUCAAAACUUCUUUAUUCCAAAAUGCACAUAAUUGUGUCCCAUAAUAUACAUUUCCAGGAGAAGUGUUAUGUGUAAUACUAUUAUUUUAAACUAAAUUAUUGAUACUAAUAAUAAUGUUAUAAGCUUACUUUAAUUAUAUAAAUAACACACAUACCCUUUUUUUAACAGUAAAAAAGAAUGCGGAAUAUGCUAUUAAAAAUUAUUACUUUUAACACUAAAGAUACUGAUAUCUCUUGAUUACCUUUGUUUUUGUUGAAUGGAACUAAAGCUAUUCACUUUAUUUGCAUAUUUGUAAGUAUUAUUUUUGAACUAACAGUUAGAGAGUUAUAGCCCGGCUAAUGAGUAAAGAUAUUUUUAUAAGGAUAGAUUAAAAAAAAUCGUUAAAUUGUCAAUUCAUUAAUUUCCAAUAACCACAAUAAACACAAUAUACUGGUUGUAA